AUGAAGGAGGACGUCUAUGGACUAAUUGAAGAGCACUAUCUUUCAACGAAGUCCCGCAUCAUAGCUCAUCUUCAGACUACUAAGUCUAUGGAGACGACGUCGACAAAUGCGGAUGCCGGUUCCGUCCUUCGCCAGAUCCAGUUACCGAAAAUCAAUUUGCCUACGUUCGACGGAGACCCACUGGCCUGGGAGGGGUUUCGGGAUCUCUUCAAGUCUCUAGUGCAUGAAGUGGACGGCCUCGCGCCAAUUCAGAAGUUGCAAUAUCUUAAGGCUAGUCUUGCGGGAGAGGCCGCCGCAGUAGUUUCAAGCAUUGAAAUGUCAGCUGAAGGCUAUGCCCUGGCGUGGGACGAACUGUCAUCCCAAGAGAUCAAUAGAUUGAUCAGCACGGCGAACCAGUCAUCACGCUCUUUCCGGGCCCUGGGACGACCGGUGGAACAUUGGGAUGACUGGUUUGUUCACAUUAUAUUCGGCAAAUUAGAUUCAUCAACGCGCCUCCUGUGGGAAUCGUCACAGGAGUCGAGUUCGGACUUUCCAUCCUUCACCGAGCUGAAAACCUUUCUCCUUACCCGAGCUCGCGCUCUGGAAGCGGCUCACCCGCGUUCAACAGCGAUAACAAGCGAAACAAAGGGAGGCAAACGCAACGGACGAAAAACCGAUGUAUCGUCACAUUCCUCCAGCACUAGAGAGGUAUCUCAGUGUCCACUCUGCAAGGCACGCCAUCCGCUCCGAUCGUGUGACAAGUUUAAAACCUUCUCCGUAGAACAACGUCGAGAACAAGCGAGAAGGAGUAAAGCCUGCUUUAACUGCCUAGGCCACAACCACGCAGCAGCGGCCUGUCCGUCUAUCAACCGAUGCCGGCACUGCUGGGAGAAGCAUCACUCACUCCUGCACAUCGGGGUAAUACAAUCAGCCGCUCCAACGAUACCUCAAGACUCAAAUGCGGCCAUCACCUCAUUAGAAAAGUCCGUACAUCAAGCUGAUGCGACGGCAGUAGCCGCAUUGGCAAGCACUACGAAUAACACGGUUCUUCUUGCGACCGCCAUGAUAAAACUGAUCUCGUAUUUGGGUCGUACGGUUAAGGUGCGAGCAUUGUUAGAUUCCGGGUCUAAAGCCUCGUUGUCUCAGAACGCGUCGCCCAACAGCUCCAACUACGCCGCCGGAGAGUGA